CUCAUGCACCCAAUGGCAUUCAUGACAGUGGGUGGACACGGGAGGCCGAGGAACGUAGAGGUGGACACAGAAGGCUCAGAAGGCGACCACUAACCAUGGCAGACGUGACCAACGACUCCACUCGCCGCCUCGUCUCCAAGAAGCAGACCUUGGAUGAUGCUUAUGCAGCUCCUGCCAACUUUUUAGAGAUAGAUGUUGUCAAUCCCAUCACUCACGGCGUUGGCAAUAAGAGAUACACAGACUAUGAAGUGCGGAUGCGGACAAAUCUGCCAGUUUUUAAGGUAAAGGAAUCGAGUGUAAGGAGGAGGUACAGUGACUUUGAAUGGCUAAGAAACGAACUUGAAAGAGACAGCAAGAUUGUUGUUCCACCCCUUCCUGGGAAAGCGCUAAAACGUCAGUUGCCAUUCCGAGGGGAUGACGGCAUUUAUGAGGAAGAAUUUAUUGAAGAUCGACGCAAAGGAUUAGAAGUUUUCAUUAAUAAAGUAGCAGGACAUCCUCUUGCACAGAAUGAAAAGUGCCUACACAUGUUCAUUCAAGAGCCCGUCAUUGACAAAAACUAUGUGCCCGGGAAAAUCCGCAACACGUGAGCCACCCCUUCUCCCCUUCUGCAAGUGACCAACAUGGAAGCUUCAUGUAUUCUUCUGACAUAAAUUAUGGGUCUAAUAAGGCUGAAGACAAGAUCUAUACACUGAUGGGAAAAUUUUUUCACCUAUCUAGACCACCCCUUCUUCCACAACCAUUGAAGCUCACUGAUACCACUGAAUACUCUUUAAGUUGUACAUCUCACCCCCACCUUUUUAUUACUAAUAUUUUGUUCUCUUUUUUUUUAUUAUUGUAUUUUUGCAGUGCUGUUACCUAUUUUUUAUUUUGCAUCACUCCUGGAUUCCUUAGAUCUAACUAUAGGUUUGCACUAGCAAUACCAAUGAUAUAGUAUUGUGCUUGACUUAUAUGUUGCUUAUUAGUCAGUGUACAUUACUUUAACCUACAUCCCAUGAGAAUGUGAUUUUUGAUAAUUUAGAAAAGUCAAGAAUUAACAAUUCAUAUUUCAUUUGGGCACCAGAUCAAAUCCUGCAUCUAAUUUCAUUUCAAUGGUUAUAAUAUACUUGCAUAUAGUACACACACUUGCUCCAGCACACACACGCACGCACUCUCUCUCUCUCUCUCUCUCUCUCUCUCUCUCUCUCUCUCUCUCUCUCUCUCUCUCUCUCUCUCUCUCUCUCUCUCUCUCUCUCUCUCUCUCUCUCUCUCACACACACACACACACACACACACACACACACACACACACACACACACACACACACACACACACACACACACAAAGACUCCUACCUGUAUAAAAGUCCAUUCUCACUUCUCUCUCUCUCUCUCUCUCUCUCUCUCUCUCUCUCUCUCUCUCUCUCUCUCUCUCUCUCUCUCUCUCUCUCUCUCUCUCUCUCUCUCUUUCGUUUUCUUCUACUUCUAUUCAUAGAAAAAAAAACAUUGUACCAAAUGCAUUCACAUCUGAAAUUCUCAUUCUGACUGCAGAAUUUGUAUUUUACCCCAGUGGUUUGAAGGUGCUUUGCAGAAUGAUUUGAAAUUUAUUAAUGAUAAUUUCUUCUUGAAUUAAGCUUCACAUUGUUAAGAGAUUAUUAUCGUUUUGAGAUAGAAUAUCUUAAAAGUCUGUGAAAGAUGGCUCAGCUUUGUGCUACAACCAAAAUAUGUCCAAUGUAGAAUAUGAACAAACUACUAUUCCUGCUUGAUUGUGUAGCUCAUCCCAUAAAUACAGAUUAUUUUUUAACACAAUAAACAUAUUAUAAACUGAAUUAUAUUGUUAUGUAUGUAAAGUAUUGUGUUAAUCAGUAGGAAAUAAUGUCACGUGAGGAGGCCUGGGACGGGUGAAGCUGAGAAGUGUGAUUAUCAGGUAUUAUUUUGAGUACACAUUGGGGUAAGAUUACUAGGUAACCACUCCCAAUUUUCUGUUACUGAUUAGUCUCAAGUAUUAUUUGUAUGCUGAUUAUGAAGCCACAGAUGAAGGUUGGUGAAGAUUAUGCCUUUAAUGUGAUAAAUGGUCAUUAAAAGUCAGUGUGAUUUGGUCACAGGAUUGAGCUCCCUGAUCUCAGAAAGUAAUAAAGUGUAAACAUGUUUUGUACGUUAGAGAAAUAUUAAUGGUCAGAACAGAAAGUCUGAAAAAAAAUUGUAAAGAUGAUUAAGGGGGUCUUUACCAAACCUUCAUUUUGGGGAAUGUAUAACACUUUUCCAUGGAUUUUUUGUAAGGAUUUGAGGCCUUUCUCAGAAAAAAUUAUUUCAUUUGUAAACUCUUUCAAGAAUUUCUGAAUAUCUUUAUUAUUUUUGAUUAAUCUGUAGUUGUCGUAAUGCUGAUCGAUGACUCAGGCAAAAUUUGAACAAAUGUGAUACAGUAUCAGUUAAAUUUAUCAUUAAAUAUAACUAUGUGUCAAA